AUGGCAGACUCGUUCACUCUCCCUAUCGACGAAACCCCUAAUCCAGCUCCGCUGGACCUCAUCCUCUCCAACGAGGCCACUAUCACUGCGUCCAUCUCCAUGACCCUCGAGCAGUCUCCUCGUGGACUCGCAGAAGACAGACCGCCUCCACUGUCCGCUGAGCCUGGUCCUCAGAUUGACUACAAGCUGCUCCAGGCUGUCCUCAGCAGGACCAGAGGGCUCCUCGCCCCAGAAGACCUCGAGGCCAUCUCCAAACUCAUAAGCAUCCGCAAGAAAUACUGGAUGGCACUGAGUGGAUACACUCAAAUCCACAGACAGAUCCAGGACAUCUGGGUCCAGCGACAGAGACUAGUCGACCAGGUGGAAUCCAUCAAACUUGCCGCAGCGCGGUGGUUGUCGACUUUCGCGGCGCAGAUGCAAUCGCCUCGUUUUAGGGGAAUACGUCCGGAAGAUGUUCGUAACGCUUACAAGGCCAAAGUUCAGGCCCUCCUUCGCCAGAACGCAAAUUCUCAACUGCUGAACGCUAAAGAGGCUCGUGAUGCAAUCGGGCGGUACUAUAUCUACGCCAAGGGGGUUAUGGGCCUUUCAUCGAAGUUCAUUGAGGUCAAAUUGGAGACUAUGCCGAUCAUCUACAAGGCGCAGAACGUGCUGCUGGCUUUCUGGGGUGAUGAGCUGGCUGCGGCGGCUGAGGUGACGUCUGAACCCGUCUAUGGAAAUCCGACUGCCCAUGAGCUUCCUCCCGUUUGUCAGGGAGAUGGAACUGGAAACCAGUCGAAGCGCGAGAAGAGAAGCUACGAUAUGGUCGAUAACGAGAAUGACGGACAGCAGACGAUCCCAGAACCGAAGAGACACCAUGGGAUCGAGGCGGCAUCUGCCCCUGUCUAUGAAAAUGCAACUGCGUAUGAACUUCCUCCGCAUUGUCAGGGAAAUGGAACUGGUGCUGGUGCUGGUACUGGUACUUCCAGCCUUUCCGCUGCUAUUCAGGUCGUCGAAAAUGAGUCCUCCAUCUCCGUUGUCGAUAACACCCGUACUUCGACGAAGGCUAGUGGGAAUCAAUCGAACUGCAAGAAAAGAGGCUGCGAUAUGGUUGAUAAUGAGAAUGAUGGACCGCAGACUAUGCCAGAGCCAAAGAGACACCAUGGGAUUGAGGAGGAUGAGAGUUGGUGGGGAGAACUGAAGCCUCUGGGCGAACCCCUCGAAGCAGACUACUGGUGA